AUGGUCGUUGAAAAGGGUAUCUUUGGAUUGCGAAGCGAGCCCACUUUUUCGGUUGGACCAGCUCCCUUGACACCGUUGGUAUUCGCCUACUUUGACCAACCAGCGCUUUCCAUUGCUAUCAUGAAGAUUUCUGCCGUUGCUCUCCUCGCCAUCCUCGGUUACGCCUCUGCUGGUGCUCCGCAACUAUCGAUAUCGGUACGUGACGGAAACUUUGCCGGUCUCGACGGUCUCGAACCGACGGUUGCUUGGGAGAACUCUCAACAAGCCGGAGACCUCGACGUCUCGUACGGAAUCAAGGCUUCGGCUCAGCCCACUACCGACCUCGCGUCGCUUCCUCGUUCCAUCUGGGGCAAGGCUUCGACGGAUGUUUCCGGAUGGGGCGUCUCCGCUCGUGCCGAAGUCGAUGGGCAGGACUUUACCAACGCCAACGUUGAGCUGGACGCAAACAAUGCGGGCGCCGACUUGAACAUCCAUUUGGUUGCCAAUGCCGGCAGUGCCUUUAGCGUGCGUUCGGCCGAAGUUACCAAGGGAUUCGACGCCAAUGGCGCUCGUGUUACGGUCACACCUCGCCUGAACCUCGAAGACAACGACCGCGACGUUGUCAUCAACUACAACAACGACAAGACCAACGUCAAGCUCACCGCUUCCGCCGACAACCAGGAAGUCACGAUCUCGCAACAAGUGGACGGCGACAACCGCAUCGCCCCGACCCUCAAGAGCAAUGGUGAUAUUUCGGUCGAAUGGGAACGGCGUUUAUCUGACGACAGCAGCUUGACGGCGACUCUCAUGCCCAACGACAACCUAAAUGUCGAAUGGCGUGAUGCGGCCUGGACUGCGAACGUCAACAUGCCCAUUGACGGUACCAACAUCAACGGGGCUAACGUCAGCAUCAAGCGCGACGUUAGUUUCUAAGAGCAUACUCCUGGUCUGCUAUUCGGACGUUUCAAGAUUCCUCGUGUCGCUAGUCUUUCAAAUCAUUAACAACAACCAUCAUAGUUUCCACUUCAACCGCAGCUACAGUCUGCCUUGCAUCGGUCACUGUAGGGCCGUUUCCCCGCACUCUUUCAUUCCAUGUAAUUACCAAAAAUAAAGUAUGUCAAUCUUGAUGAGAUUAAAACAAGUUCUAUGCGC